AUGCAAAUCAGAGAUAGACUCAAGGCUGCCCGAGAUAGGCAGAAGAGCUAUGCUGAUAAAAGGCGGAAGCCUCUCAAAUUCCAAAUCGGAGACAGAGUAAUGCUCAAGGUCUCGCCUUGGAAAGGCGUAAUGAGAUUUGGAAAGAAGGGUAAGCUGAGCCCUAGAUAUAUUGGACCAUUCGAAAUAACAGAAUGUGUCGGAUCUGUAGCUUACAGACUUAAGCUACCAGAAGAGCUGAGUGGAAUCCAUCACGUAUUUCAUAUCCCUAAUCUGAAAAAGUGCUUAGCUGAUGAAAUACUUGUCAUGUCUCAUCAUGACGUUCAAAUUGAUGAGAGCUUAAGAUUUAUUGAAAAACCUUUGUCCAUUAAGGAUCGUGAAGUCAAAAAGCUACGUAAGAAAAAAGGUUUCCCUCAUCAAAGUGAAAUGGGAUUCCCAUGGUGGCCCAGAAUACACUUGGAAGGUUGA